UACCACGGUACGUUGAAGUUGCGUGUGGCAAGUCCUCCCAGCGGCUCUGAGGCGCCCAGCAACUUCCAAAACACCGCUGCUUCUGGAGUAGCUCCCGAUUUUAUUUGGUCGGCACCGGGACGGAGACGCCGCGGAGAUAUGGCUGCGCUCUCAGCCUGGUUUUGGAACGAGCGGUUCUGGCUGCCACACAACGUCACCUGGGCGGAUCUGGCGGACCCAGCACCCGGGGUGGAGUAUCCAAAAGUCGGACACUUGUUUACCGCUUUGCCGCUCGCUUUGGUCAUUUUCUGCUUGAGAAUACUCUUUGAACGAUUUAUCGCCAGCAACUGCGCCAGCAGCAUCCGAAUUUAUCCAGGUGUGGGUCGCCGAGCGCAGCCUAACACCGUGCUGGAGAAAGUGUUUACAUCCAUCACGAAGAAUCCAGACACUCGCCAUCUAGAUGGACUCUCCAAGCAGCUGGACUGGGAUGUACGGAAGGUCCAGCGUUGGUUCCGACACCGACGGAACCAGGACAAGCCUAGUACACACACUAAGUUCUGUGAGAGCAUGUGGAGGUUUACCUUUUAUUUAUGCAUAUUUAUCUAUGGGAUCCAGUUUCUGUGGCAGACUCCCUGGAUGUGGGACACGCGGCACUGCUGGUACGGCUACCCUUAUCAGACGCUGCGCCCAGGACUCUACUACUACUACGUGACAGAACUGGCCUUCUACUGGUCGCUCAUGUUCUCCCAGUUUACUGACAUCAAGAGGAAGGAUUUCCUCGUCAUGUUCAUCCACCACUUGGCCACGGUCAGUCUCAUCAGCUUCUCCUACAUCAACAACAUGGUGCGGGUCGGGAGCCUGGUGAUGUGCGUCCAUGAUGCCUCCGACUUCCUGCUAGAGGCAGCUAAAAUGGCCAACUACGCCAAGUCCCAGCGUCUGUGCGACUUCCUCUUCGUCAUGUUCAGCGUGGUCUUCUUCAUCACACGACUCGUGGUGUAUCCCAUUUGGGUCCUCAACUCCACCAUGUUUGAGAGCUGGGCCAUCGUGGGGCCGUACCCGUCCUGGUGGCUCUUCAACAUUCUGCUGCUGGUCCUUCAGAUCCUGCACAUCAUCUGGUCCUACUUGAUCGCCAGGAUAGCUAUCAAAGCUGUGCUGCGGGGCAAGGUUUGCAACGACGUCCGCAGCGACAUUGAGAGCAGCUCAGAGGACGAGAGAGACUCGCCCACUGAAGAUCACAAGACUUCCACUCACAUGUCUAAAGGAGAGAACGGCACCAACGGUCACUGCGCUGCUCCCAGAGCCAGAGUCCAGAACCACAGCUUGUGACCAGCAGACUUGAUCCAGAGUGGCCCCUGCUGGCUGUCUUGAACCUCCGACAUUCCCCACCUGUCCCACCAGAGAGCCAGCUCCUCCUCUGUGAUGUCAGAGGCAGUGACAUGGUCCUUCACAGCUUUAUCUUCGUUGGGAUUCAAUGCUGUUGUUUUGUUCAAUGUUCUCUCCCAGUUUUAUUGGCCAGAUGAACUUGUGUUUUAUGGUCCAAGAGGUUCCUUCACACUGGAGCUCAACAGAUUACCACCGCUGCUUUCGGCUACAAAGAAACCACUGAGUGCCAUCAUUUUCAUGACCACAUUUUCUGUUAAACCAUCUGCGAUGAUGCGGCGGUUUCUGUUCUCAGCUCAAGUAUGAACUUCCUCUCUGAUCUAGCUGUAUGUGACUUCUGUUUUACUGUUUGUUUUUUUACGUCUUCUGAGACCAAAUAAUUAUUUUUGCCACUGUUCCUGAGAGCUUGGAGGACUUGAUGUGUGACGUAAGGUAUUGUGUUUUCAUUUAAGUGCCUUGUUAAACCUCUAAAUAUGUUGUGUUCAAAGAUUCUUCUUGAGUGUGGAAACAUUGCACCUUUUCUUGUGGAUUAAAUACAUUUAAUAUAAAUCAAACUUCCAC